CCCCUUUCAUUUUUCGCGAACACUCCCUUUAAGCGACCGUUAUUUCUUUUGAAAGAAAGCAAUUUUUUAUCAUUCUUUUCACCAAGAUAAAGGAUACUGUGUGUAUAGUGUAUAUUAUACCCUUCCUUCCUCGGUCUCCAGAGUUUAGUAAUGAUUACAAUGCGAGGAAUAAAAGUUGUAUUGUCGGGUUUUCUUUUCUUGUGUCUCCUGAUAUUUUUGGUUCACCAACUAAAUAUAAACAAUUUUAGUUUUAGUUUAGGAAAUAUAUUCGCAGAAACGGUUGAACUAAAACUCAGCAAAGAGGACGUUAUAAUGACAGCAUUUAGAAAAUUAGAUGCUCCGAGAGUAGAAGCAUUGAUGAACUUAGAGGUUAUAGAUACCCCAGAUGGAGACGUAAAGGAAAUUUUCUUUCGAACUGUUUCGUUCCCGCUUCAAGGAGUCUGUAGGAAUAUGAAAAGAGUGGGAGGAAUUUGGUGGGGAAGACGGGCGGUAGAUGGAGAUAAGUUUGUCUGUUUGGAUCAAAUCAGUGAUUCUGACGUUUGCUUGAUCUAUUCAUUCGGCAUCAAUAAUGAAUGGAGUUUUGAGGAUCUGAUGGAUUCUUUUAACUGCGAGGUUCAUGCAUAUGAUUUUUCACAUAGUGCACCUGCAAAAAGAGGAAAUCAGAUUUCUUUUAUAAAGAAAGGAAUAGGUGCAGAGACGACAGAUAUCUUGGACACAUUAGAGCACUUUUUGGCGAUGAAUAAUCACACCGACUCUACAGUGUUUUAUCUAAAGUUAGAUGUAGAGGGGGCGGAGUUGCAGGCUUUGCCACAAUGGUUAGAGAGCGAAGCAUUGAAGAAUGUUCAACAAAUUGCAAUGGAAAUACAUCUAUAUAAUAAUGUAGAUCCAGUCAUGUAUAAAACUUUGCUCACAGCUUUUCAACAACUUUACGCUUUAAGUUUCAGAAUAAUAUCACAUGAGGUGAAUAUGCCCAUGGGAAAACUGAAUGACGGUUACUAUGAACUUUUCGAGAUUGUUCUCAUGAAGGAUACUAAAUGGAAUCAUCUCAACUAAAUGUCGUCUUCGUUAGAGUUUUACAGGAAUUUGUCAAUUUACUGCCGACUUUGAUUAAUUGUUUAGAUGUCUCUGCAG